UAUAGCUAAUCAAUUAAACACAUUGAAACUACAAUGAUCGAAUCUGUUCCUACUAGCCGUGGAAUUCAAGGAUAUUCAUAUACCUCUGUCACCCUAAAGAAAAUAGCUACAGUGAUACCUGCAAAGCUGCAGCGCCAGAAUUACUUUUUCUGGAAGCUACUUUUCGAGCAAAUCUUUAGUCGUUACAAGCUCAUGGGAAUUAUUAAUGGCAGCGAACCUUGUCCAGCUCAGUUCUUGACGGACAAGAAAGGAAAUGAUCUCACUGAUCAAAUUAAUCCAGCCUUUGAGAUUUGGCACGACAAGGAUCAGGCCAUGUUAACCUGGAUGAGGUCAACAUGUUCGGAACACGUCCUCCCAUUCACAGCAGGACUCGCUUCGUCGCGUGAGCUUUGGCUAAACCUCGAGAAGAGAUUUCAGGUUGUUGGCGUGUCCUCGGAGUACAGGAGAAACCUGGCGGCCGCUGCUUUAGCAACAACCGACAUUUGCGAUGCACAUCCUGACCUUCUGGCCAGUGGAGACCUGCGUCUUGUGCCGCAAGUGUUCCAGAAAUAUGGAAAAUGGCAGGCAUUCGCAGGCCCUGUCGUGACGCUGAAGGUGUUUGAGGACAAUACUUUGGUUAUAGAGCUUCUCUCCACGAAAGGCGAGGGUAGGGUUUUAGUGGUUGAUGGAGGAGGAAGCAUGCGACGUGCUGUCACCGGAGGGAUGCUGGCUCGGUCGGCUGAGAUUAUGGGAUGGGCUGGGAUUGUGAUAAAUGGUUGCGUGAGAGAUGUGGAUGAGAUCAAUGAAUGUGAGAUUGGGUUGAGAGCUUUGGCAACUUGUCCAGUGAGACCUAUCAAAAACGACUCUGGGUCUGGCCAAAAGCAUGUUCCUGUAAGUAUUGGAGGCGUCUUGAUUCAAGAGGGAGAAUGGUUGUACGCGGAUGGAGAUGGCAUCCUUGUCUCCUCAUCCGAACUGUCUAUUUGAACCCUAAUUAGUCAGUGCAUUGUUAAUGUAGGUUGCUUGUGAUGGUCACAGCUUAAAUUGCUGAGCCAAUAUACGGCAUUUGGAAUUUGAUGCAAAGUAAACUGUUUUCCUGCUUUGCUGUUGCUGGCCGGAUUGCGGCGGUUCUUCAAGUGUGAUGUGCAGUUCGUUUAGAGUUUGGUUGGUUUAUGUGCAACUUUUCUUUGGGCUAUGGGUUUUUUUUUCAGUGUAUUUUAAUUUGAUAAAGGAAGAUGCCAAAUCCGUCUCAAAGAUACCGGUCAACGAGACUUUGUGGGUUUUCUAAAGGCAGAGAUGCACACAGCCCCGACACUCCUGUCCUUUUGUUCCUUUUUUCUUUUUCAAUCCGUAC